ACCUAACCCUCUCAACAUCAAACUCCCAUUCUCUCCAUCGCAGGCGUCGUCAACCCUCCGGCGACAACUCCGACCAAUCUCCGGCGACAAACCCGUCCGACCUUUAAAUCAUCAAAAUGAAUAGCAAAGAAUGAGGAGCAAUCGGGGACGAUCAUCAUGUCGGUCUCCUACUCAGACUGCUUUUCCGACCUACUGUGCGGCGAGGACUCCAGCACCAUAUUCUCCGGCGAUGACCUGCCGGAAUGCUCGUCGGAGAUUGAGUCUCAGCAUCCCCCGGAGGACUUGGAGGAAUCGAUCAUCGGACUCAUUGAACACGAGAAACAAUACGUUCCGGGCAUCGAUUAUCUAGAAAGCUUUCAAUCACAAUCCCUCGACGCCUCCGCUAGAGCAGAUUCCAUUGCAUGGAUUCUCAAGGUACAACGUUAUUAUGGUUUUCAGCCAUUGACGGCGUAUCUCUCCGUCAACUACUUUGAUCGAGUUCUUUAUUCACGUCGCUUGCCGCAAACAAAAGGGUGGCCACUACAAUUAUUGUCUGUUGCUUGCUUGUCAUUAGCUGCAAAGAUGGAGGAACCUCUUGUUCCGCCUCUUUUAGAUCUUCAGGUUGAAGGAGCAAAAUACAUAUUUGAACCGAGGACAAUCGGUAGAAUGGAGUUUCUUGUGCUGAAUACAUUGGAUUGGAGGCUUCGAUCUAUCACGCCAUUUAGCUUUCUGAGCUUCUUCGCUCAUAAAGUCGAUCCAACGGGGACCUAUGCUGGUUUCCUUAUUUCGAGGGCCAACGAUAUUAUUCUGUCCCACAUACAAGAUGCUAGCUUUCUGGAGUACCGGCCAUCAUGCAUUGCUGCUGUAGCGAUCCUUAGUGCAGCCAGAGACCUCCCAAUUUUCUCUUUUCUUAGUCCUGAAUAUGCUGAAUCAUGGUGUGAUGGACUCCACAGAGAGAAAAUAAUCAGCUGCUACGGCGUAGUGCAGCAAAUAAUUAUCGAUAAUAGGCCAAGGAAGAGCCCGAAAUUUUUACCCCAGCUUCGAGUCAUGUCUCGGAUGAGUCUAGCAUCCACCGAAUCAUCAUCAUCAUCAUCAACAUCAUCAAACUCAUCUUCUUCAUCAUCAUCAUUAUCAUCCUGUAAAAGGCGAAGAUUAGAAAAUUACUUAUGGACAGAUGAUGACAAAGGAAGCUCCGAGUGAGAGGGGGGGGGGUGGAAAUCUGGUGGUCCAACUCGUCUAGAAGCCUCGAUGUUUUUUGGAGGGUUUUGAGAAAACAUGAAUUGACAAGUAUGAUGUAGAUUAAUGCUAGUAUACAUGUAUGUAUGAGUGCUUGGAGAUUUUUUUUUUUUUUUUUUUUUGUUUUGUUUUGGGGUGAGCGGGGGGGCAGUGGGCAGCUGCAGUCAUUAAUAGCUUUGCAGAUUCCCAAGGGAAAGGGAUUUUGGUACAUAGUAUUAUUAUUAUCCAGGAGUGAGUGAGAAGGGGGGGGCGGGGUGAUCACAUUCAUUGUUUAAUAGUAGCAGUGGAGUCAUGGGAGUGAUGGAGUGCGGAGUGAAUGGCUAUUGAAUUCAAAGGCUGCAUUGAUUAGUGAAUGAAAGGGUGGAGAUGGUGGGACCUUUUGGUGAAAAGAAGGGGCAGAAAAAAUCAAUGGAGUUGGCUAAUUUAUGGGAUUGAACUUUGAAGUUUGAGCUCUAGAUGUGUUACAAGUCAAGCUCCUCACCUAGGCCUUCAUCAUUUUGCUAUUUUUCUCCUCCAACUUCUACCCAAUACCCCCACAUGCUUGCGGCAAUGAAAGGAGACGAGCGAACGCAAAUUGGGAGGGAGAUAAAUAAAUCUGGUGGCUCAGCUGUAAGAGGUCUUCAUACUUGGGACUGCUUUCUUUUGAGUUCUUGAGAGUGAUGUGUACAGACGCUCGUAGUUGUUAACUAUGGCGGGCUCUACACGUGUGCAUGUGUGCUUUUUUGGCGGGAAAUUGCCUUUUUUUUUUCUCAAGUCCUAACCAUAGACUGGACAUUUCUUUUUGUGUGCCCUUGACACGUGUGAUGGACACACGUGUCUAUUCUUUUUCACUUUAAACUUUUUUUUUUCUUUUUUGGGGUUGUUUGAUUGAAGGGAUGAAAUUAAACUUAAAAAGUCCCUUCUUCUUUUGAUGGCCUAAAUUUGGGCUAAUUAUAGACAAAAAAAAAAAAAAAAAAAAGGGUCUUUGGGGCCUUUUCUUUUCCAGAGCGUGCUGUCAGUGCUGCUGUAUUUGGAUUCUUGAAUCAAGCAAGCAUAAUAAUAAGAUGAAAGUAGUAGUGCUAAUUUUGUAGCAGUC